AAGGCUUCUUUGUAAUUUAAUAUCCAUUUUAUACACAAGGACAGCAAACAUGGGCUGUGGACAUUCAACAACAGCUCAGCUGCAGAAACAACCUGUCUUUGAAUCUAAUGAAGCUGCUCAAUGUGUUUACAGGAUCCCUGCUCUUCUGUAUGAGAAAGAAAGUAAAACUUUAUUUGCCUUUGCAGAGCAGAGGAAGACUUCAAAGGAUGAAAGUGCGGAAAAGCUGGUUAUGAGAACAGGAAAGAUCAAGGAGGGAUGCUGUAAGAAGACGGUUGAGUGGUCAGAGCUCAAAGAGGUGGAAAAGGCACUUAUUAAAAGACACCGUCCAAUGAACCCCUGCCCGGUGAUAUCGUAUGACAAAGCCAACAAAGCCAACAACAAACUUUUCCUGUUUUUCAUCUGUGUUGAAGACGGUAUCACUGAAAUGUACCAAAGAAAAUGCUAUGACAACAGGACCCGUCUCUGCUACAUCACAAGUGAGGAUCUCGGAGAAACCUGGAGCGAUGUGACCGAUUUGACGUACGAACUGAGUGAAAUAAAAAACUGGUCCACAUUUGCUGUUGGGCCAGGCCAUGGGAUUCAAACAGAGAGUGGUAGACUGAUUAUCCCAGUUUAUGCUUAUUGCACAAGUACUUGCCUCUUGCAUUGCUGUUGUAAACCAGUUGCAUGUUUGUUCGGUUGCUGUUGUAAAUCGUAUGCACUCUCACUGUAUAGUGAUAAUCAUGGUGAAAACUGGAAAUUUGGUGAACUGUUUAAUACGGUAUCAGUUGAGUGUGAAAUGGCUGAA